AUGAACAGAGCAAAGCCAACUGUUGCAAAUACGAUUACCUUUCUAAUGCUUCCUGAUGACAUGCUUUUAAACUGCUUAGCCCGUGUCUCGAGAUUGUAUUAUCCUACUCUUUCCUUAGUUUCCAAGAGAUUUCGUUCUCUCCUUACUUCGCUUGAGAUUUACGAAACCCGAACUCUCUUAUGCUGCACCGAGAAUUGUCUCUAUGUGUGUUUACUGUUCCCUCGUGACAAAAACGGAGCACGUUGGUUCACUCUCUGUCGGAGACCGACUCAAAUCACUGCUCCUAACCCUACUCCUAGAUGGUUCACGCCACUCUUAAGACCAUAUCAAUUGCUAACAAUGAAAGAGAAAAAGUCGAGUGACAAGAAUCUUUUGGUUUCAUUCCCAACACUUAAUCCUCCUUAUAUGAGUCGGUGGGAUAUGAGUCUAGCAGCAGUUGGUUGUAAUAUCUACCAAGUUGACACUCCGUCUAGGUUCAUGUUCAUGGACUGUCGGAAUCACACUUGGCACAAGGCUCCAAGCAUGCGGGUGUUUAGAUGGUACCCUAGUGUGCGUGUUCUUGAUACGAAAAUAUAUAUAACAGGAGGCGUUAAAGAUUAUCUUCAUUCCUCAGAUUGGAUAGAGUGUUUCAAUACCAAAACCCAAAUAUGGGAGCAUGUGCCAAGCCCUGGUGCAAAAUUUAUACAGGAGAAUAAUAAUAUAUACAAUAGCGUAGCCAUUGACGGAAAGCUUUACUUCUUUGGGGUUAGGAGUAAUGCGGUUUACAAGACCAAGGAAAACAGAUGGGAUGAAAUUGGAUUAACGGAGAUAGGUAUGAGGUGGGCUGGCAAUCCUGAUUAUUGUGUCAUAGAUAACAUAUGGUUCAAUUAUAGUUGGAUAUUAAAACGGCUCCAAUGGUACGAUAUUGAUAAAGGAUCUUGGGAAUUUUUAGAGGGUUUGGAGGAACUGACUAAAUUACUAAAAGAUUGUUACAAGAUUCUUGUUAGAUUAGAGAAUUACGGUGGGAAUAUUGCGGUUUUGUGGGAGAAGAAGGUGCGUGAAGAGAAGGAUAUUUGGUGUGCUGAGAUUGUGCUCGUAAAGCGCAAUGAACAUGAGAUUUAUGGUAAGGUCGAGUGGUGUAAUGUCGUGCUUACCGUCCCCAUAACAUGUGAGCUUUUGACAUCGUUUAUUGUUACUGUUUGA